ACCGAAACAUCGAUGCAGAUAUUGCAGAUCUCUAGAAUUAUGCUUUUUGUUGGGGUGAAUGUGACAUAGACUCGUUACGGGGACAUUUGACAGCCAAUUUGUAAUUUGUGCGGAUGGGCGUUCCUUUAAAUAUAUCACAGAUGUUAUGUUAGAUAAAGACACACGUUGGGGACACACACUGAAAAUUAGUUUUAUUUAGCGUUUUAUCUUGAGCACAUGGCUUGAAGAUGCGAGCACUUUUGUGAAAUAUCGGGUCCGAAUGUGUUGAUGAUUAAAGUCAUUGUUUCGGAAGUGUAUUGUUAUUGUAGUGAUUGCUGUAAAAAUUAACUAGCAGAUCUUGAAAUAUGUUUAUACACGGCACAACAAAUUUCUCACAUAAAACCAUGAAAAACCUUUCAGUGUUCCCGAUUUAAAAUGAACUACUAUUCAAACAUUUUCCAACCUUACGAUUUACCCCACAACUUUCCCCUUCAACGUCUAAAAUAUCCCGAAAUUAGUGACUAUCAUAAAACGGUUUCGAAAAAUAAAACUGAAGUGAAUUCUGAAGUGUUAACGUCGAGAAUUAAGGAGACAAACGCUGGUAGGAAACGAAGGAACAUUCAGGCAGAUGUGUUUUUAAGGAAUUUGGAGAAGCAGGACAAAUCGCCGAUGUCGGACACUUCUUCUAACAGUAGCAGGAGAUCCAUAGAUGACUCGAAAAAUAUGAGCUUAAGAAUAGACACCGGAUACGUGAGCGCGGAGAGUUCGAUAGAAGAGAGCGAAGAGGAAAAAGAAAUCGCGCAUCACAUCUUAGAGCCCGCGGUACAUCAUACAGGAUGUACAAUAAAUGGACCGAGGAAGUGCCUGGCGUGGGCCUGCAAGGCCUGCAAGAAGAAGACCGUUGCGAUAGAUCGAAGGAAAGCGGCCACUCUUCGCGAGCGUAGGAGACUUAGAAAGGUAAACGAAGCAUUCGAAAUGUUAAAGAAAAGGACCUGCAACAAUCCUGGUCAAAGGUUACCUAAAGUAGAAAUCCUAAGAGGUGCAAUAGAAUAUAUAGAAUACCUAGAAGAAAUUUUGCAAGGUUCCAAAUCGUCUAUAGAUAGCAGGACUCCAAUAGUUCCCAAAAAUGAAUAUAUGAAUAGUGCAACAAAUCAAUUCGUUUGUGAGAGGCUGCAGCAGUUCAGUGAACCUCUACAGAGAUUUAAUGCCUCAAAUGGUUGUGACAUGGGUACCAGUACAUCCAGCCUGGAUUGCCUAAACCUCAUCGUACAAAGUAUUACCAAUAAGAGUAAACACGAAAACAGCGAUCAUCAUGGUACUUAAAGCCCCUUUCGUUAAACCACAUUAAAUUCGUUAAUUUUAUAAUAGUCAUUGUUGCUAUCAUAAUAUAUAGUUAUUUAUAAAUAAACUUUAAGAAUA